AUGCCUGAACCCGCGAAGUCCGCGCCGAAGAAGGGCUCCAAGAAAGCCGUGACCAAGACGGCCGGCAAAGGAGGCAAGAAGCGCAGAAAGUCCAGGAGGGAGAGCUACGCUAUCUACGUGUACAAAGUGCUGAAGCAGGUUCACCCCGACACCGGCAUUUCCUCCAAGGCGAUGGGCAUCAUGAACUCGUUCGUCAACGACAUCUUCGAGCGCAUCGCCGGUGAGUCGUCCCGUUUGGCUCAUUACAACAAGCGCUCCACCAUCACGUCCAGGGAGAUCCAGACCGCCGUGCGCCUGCUUCUUCCCGGUGAGCUGGCCAAGCACGCCGUGUCCGAGGGCACCAAGGCCGUACACGAGCUCCAA